CAGCAUAACACUCUGGAAGAGACAAAAGGCCUCUAUCUUCCUCCUAAACUGCCAUCAUAACAUACACGUCGUGAGAGCUGAAUAACUUUGUAUGGUGACACAAGAUAUAUCAGUGGCUUACAGCAAAACACGAAUUUUAACACCAACAUCAGGAUGUCCAACAACAAAAAGAAACCAACAGCAACUUCAAUAUUUUACAGUGAACCAGCGAUGGUGGAGGAAUUGUACACUGGAUACCUGGUCAAGUCCCCCCCUCUAACAACCCUAACUAAAAACACUAAAUCAUGGAAGCGUCGUUUCUUUGUGCUUUCCAAGACGGGUGAGGACGCCUACCAGCUGACAUAUCAUGCAAACAACGAAAGGAGAGACAAACCUUUAGGAGAGAUAGACCUUUCUAAGAUCAGCCUGCUGUUUAUUGGACCCGAGGCACAUCAGAAGUGGGACUGGAUCCAAAAAAACUUCAACUGUUCUCCAUCCUCUGUGCUCUUCUUGAAGGUGGAACAUGACACACCAAAACACUCUAGAGACUAUUUCCUCAUUGGAGAAAACAGUGAUGAUGUGGAUGGUUGGCUCAAUGCCUUAGUCAAAGUAAUGAAGACCAAGAAAUCACGAAGUGCCCUUCAGGACAACAGAUAUAGAUCAGCAUCUGAUCCUGUAAAGAGUUCAGAACCAAAGGUUGAGGAUGAGCCUGAUGACAGACGGUCAGCACCUGAAUUAAUGCUAACUUACCCGUCACUGUACAGCCAUUACGACUAUCCUCGCAAGCUCAGUGAACCUCCAAUACCAGUAGCACUCAAGAAUCCAGUUACUGAGGAUGAAGAUGAGAAGGGCGAGAUGCAGGAUGAAUCUGCAGAGGACAGCAGUGAAUACAUGUCCAUGGCAUCAUUGCAAAGAGCUUUGGGAUUUGAUCAACAGGAAAUGGACACUACAUGCAUGCAGACAAACACUUCCAUUAAUGGUCAAGAGUCCUCUGUGUGCAAUGGUGCAGUCAAUCAGGAUGGGGACGAUAAAAAUAAAUGUGAAAUGCACACACAUGUUGAGAAGGAGAUCUGCGUUAGUCAAAAUGAUCUGAAAAACAGUCUGAUUUUGACUCAGGCAGAGGGCAAACCAUGUGUCUCUGACUGUCGGAAGAUUCAGGACUCGUGUCUCUUCCAUAAGGGGGAUCAGAUCCUGGCCUUCAAUGACCUGCUUAUAUACACAGUAGAAGAGAUUCAGACAUACUUAAGAAGACUAAGCAAGGAUGAGGUAAAACUCACUAUUCGGCGGCUCAUAGGAUCCCAGCCUCUGCACUCUGAACCCUGCCCAUCAUAAUGAGGACAAGAAACAAAUCUCAUGUGAAUUCAUCACCAUCAAGAUAUCAGAAAUGUGUCUGUGGGACAUUAAA